AUGAGGCUAACCCCCGACCUCAUCGCCUCGUCCCUCUCCUACCUCAACCCGCUCAAAGAGCGCGAGAUUGACCUCCGAGGCCAUAGAAUACCCGCCAUCGAAAACCUCGCCGUCGCCGGCCCGCACGACUCGAUCGACCUGACCGAUAAUGACAUCCAACUCCUUGGGAACUUCCCCUUGUCGCCGCGGGUGAGGACGUUGCUGCUGGCGAGGAACAGGAUCAGCGCCAUCGCGCCGGGGGCGGUGCAGAGCCUGCCGAACCUGAGGAAUUUGAACCUGGGGGAGAACGAGAUUAGGGAGCUGGGGGAUUUGGACGUGCUGGGGAGGUGGGGGGGAUUGGUGCACUUGUGUCUUGGGGGAAAUCCGGUUGUGAAGAAGGAGCAUUACCGGUAUUGGGUGCUUUGGCGGUGCCCGAGUGUGAGGUUUUUGGAUUAUCAAAAGGUGAGGGAGGCAGAGAGGGAGAAGGCCAGGGAGUUGUUUGGGACGGUGGAGGAGCCGAGUGAGUUGGCGCAGAAGAUUAUGGGCAUCAAGAGCAAGACGUUCGAUUCGACGACUACUUCGGGAGGCAAGGGUGGUGGACCGGGUGGUGAGACGUCUAAGCUGUCGAGACUGAAACUGACGGAUAAGGAGAAGAAGAAGCUUCAGGAGUUGAUCAAGAAGGCGAACUCGUUGGAGGAGAUCAACAGGCUGGAGAAGGCGCUGUUGGAGGGGAGGUUGCCGCCUGGGAUUAUUGUUGAGGAUGGGGAUGCUAUGGAGGAGUGAGGGUAUGACAUUGAGACAAACCGAGGGGAAACGGGUGUCGUUACUGGAGUCAGACGGCCACCGGAAAUUUUUAUUUUUAUUUCCUGAUUGGGAAAUGAGAUACCAAAAUGUAUAGAAUAAUGUUCAGAGCGGGUGGUACAUGGUCAGAAUUCGACUUGUAUAUUGUGCCCAUGUCUGGUCGUUGCUAGACGUAAAUACCGGCACUUCCCGUGCUGAGACAUCACUGGGACAGCACCUUUCUCUGCCUGUGGGCUCCGUUCCCACCUUUUCCUUUUACCUCUGGUCAUGCACGGCGCUCUCUGUUGAAAUAAAACUAGGACAGCGGUUUUCCUUGCCGUUUCUUCCUUUGCCUUUUCCUUUUGGCGAGAAAGAACAACCGCCAUGGCAGCAGCAGCGGCGAGAGCAUUUGUUGAGAUAAGCUAGACACACACAAGCAUUAACGCAUGAUGCCUUCGUCGCAGAAUAUAUGGGCAUACCUCCCUCCAUCGAGGCCACCCUCGCGAGCAUCAGGUUUUCUUUGCUUGGCCGCUGGC